UUCCUACUGUCUUCCACCACAGCACAGGAACAGUUGACCACAUCCACCUGUAACCAUGCAGUCUGCCGAGGCCAAAUUCACCAAAAGCAACCUUCUCUUGGCUCUGAGACGGUACACCUCAGCCGUCAGAGACAUGGAGCAGACCAUUCUCCUGCCGAGCCUGCUGCGAGAUGUGCCCUCCGAUGAGGCGUGGGACAGCGAAGCAGCAGAAGAGUCAUGUGGAGACCUGUAUGGAAACUACCUGAUGCUCAAAGCCUUAAGGAACACAGUGGAGAGUGGCCUGGUUUCCCUGGAUGACCACAAGACAAAGAGGAACAUAGUGCUCAACAAGACCCUGGAGCCUCUCCUGGACACAGAUCCUGAAACCCUCUUCCGCUUCCACCUGAAAGGACUGUUUUCUGUGACGAGCAACCUCACCAAGAAGACUCAGAGCCUUACUGAGAAAUAUAUGGACAUGAUUGGAGAGGCAAAUUAGAAAACAGCGCAAGAUAUGUGGACAUCAAGCAAAACAUCAGGUGUUUGUAAAAGUGUGGUAUAUGUAGCAAAGUCACUAACAUUUCAAAUGUCUGAACUGUUUACAUUCAGUGACCCCAUGCUUCUAACUCAACAAAUAUGGAAUAAACUUGCAUUCCCAAAACUGUUCAUUUCUCUCUCUUGAUUUGCCAACUUUAAUAGCCCCUUGGAAAGUAUGGUUUGAAGAUAUAGCAAAAAUAUUGAUUGAUUAAAU